AUGAAGGGCGGCGUCAACAUCUGGCGGGCGCUGCGCGACACGAAGGACCUCCACCGCGCCUGGAUGCACGUCGACCGCCCCUACCGUGAGGAGGACCUCCCCCGCCGCAUCAACGUCGAGGGCGACGCGGAGCGCCACGCGCACCACGGGGACGGCCACCGCGCCGGCGGCCACAAGGGGCUGCCCAAGGACCUCGCGGCGGACCAGGAGGCGAUCCGGCUCAACGGCAAGGCGGCGCACCUGUCCAACGGCAAGCACAAGAACGCGAUCCAGCGGGCGAUCGAGAUCGAGGCCAACACCGAGGCCGACGAGCUCGGGGUCGUCGCCUUGUGA